AUGGAAGUCGACUUCCCAGAACCCAGUUACGAAUUCUCGACGUUAAAAGGCCAGUGGUCGUUAACCGACUCGCCCACCAUUACGGUGCAUUUGAAAGUGGCAUUUUGCGACGAAGCGGCUGACGAUCAGGCACGGAUGGCGAUGCAGGUAGCUGCGAUCGUGGACGACAUUGUUGGUGACUGUGUAGUGUACGGGGGAUUUGUGAUCGGAAACAAAGCGGCUGACCAGACCUUAAAUUCGGGGGUCCGCCAUGACUUCGACGACGACGACAAAUCGGCAGCCGUUCGCGUGUGGUUACGGAGCGCACGAGCGGCGCUAGUCGGCAGUGGUGGCAAGCCGACAACGGAGUACGAAUACCAUUUGCGACGGGAAGACGACGACAACGACCGACUGCUGACGUUGGCGUGGAAGAUGAAACUCCGUCCCUUCGGCUUGGCGACGCUUGGCAUGGUUCAGAUGACAGAGGUGACGCCGAAGGUAAAAUCGACGGUGUCACUGACGUGCACAUCGUUCAUCACUCCACUGAUAAGCUUGUUGUCCGCUGAAAGGAAGCAACAAAAACUGUCAGACCUAGCUGCCGCGGACCGCGAGCGAUGCCAGUUGGAAGACAACCGCCGGCUGCUAGAGGAAUUACGAUUGAUGGCCGACAGCCAGCGGCUAGUGAACCAUCGGAUGAUGGCACAAUUUGUAGAAGUUUUGAACGCAAAGAAGCGGCGGAUAUUGGACUUACAACAGGAGUUGGCUGAUUUGAAGCUAGAACGGGACGUUCCACGGCCGGAUGCCAUUGCCGUUGAACAGAAAAAAGUGAUAGUUCGACAACGACGUGGACGUGGCACCUGUCGUGGUCGACCCGGGCCAAUCAAAAAAAUCAGACGUUCUACAACUCAUAGUGACAUGAAAAAAUUCUGUUCCUCCUCGUCCGAAGACGAGAAUGUCGCUCAACGACAUGUCAAUAGCAGUGUUCAGUGGCCUGAGUUGGAGGAAAUUAACAAAUUAAACUGUGACAAUAUUUCUGGUAAUGUAGUAGUAGAUCCUGAGGAGACCCCACUGCCCACUUCAAUACCAGUGUCUCCUACAACACCAGUUUCCCUGAGAGUUUCUCCUAUUUUGCCAGUAUCUACAGAUAUGGAUGUAUCAGUCGAUCCCAGGUACUAUACCGACACUCAAAUAGAUUCACCUAACAGUUCACCCCCGUGGUUGCAACAGCCAUUGACAGUUUCUCCAUCACCUCAGUUGCAACCUUCAAUAAACCAACCCGGUGAACACCAACUACCAAAAAAGAAGUCUGUGCUUGAUGACCUAUGGUCUGGAAUUGUAUAA